AAGAGGAGGAAGAAAAAGAAGAAAACGAAGAGAAAGAAGAAGAGGAAGAAGAGGAGGAAGAAAAAGAAGAAGAGGAAGAAAAAGAAGAAGAGGAAGAAGAGGAGGAAGAAAAAGAAGAAGAGGAAGAAGAGGAGGAAGAAAAAGAAGAAGAGGAAAAAGAAGAAGAGGAAGAAAAAGAAGAGGAAGAAGAGGAGGAAGAAGAGGAGGAAGAAAAAGAAGAAGAGGAAGAGAAAGAAGAAGAGGAAGAAGAGGAGGCAUUUUGA